AUGGAAUCAAAGGCGCUUGCUCGUGGCGCGGUGGAUACAGAGCUUAUGCCACCUCCACCGCCUCCAAAGCGCAUAAAGCGGCCCAAAAAUGUCAUCGACGAGGAAUCAUAUACGGAUGCCAUCUCCGAAAUCAUCGCUCGAGAUUUCUUCCCAGGACUUGUAGAGGCAGAGACUCAGCAGGAAUAUUUGGAUGCAUUGGAAUCUCGAGAUGGGGCAUGGAUCACCAGUGCUGGCCGACGACUUCAACAUGUUAUGACGCCGGGUAGAAGAGUAGGAAGGCGAGGGACAUCGAUACAAACACCCGUGAGAGCAUCAGAGACACCAAAUGGCUAUGCAGGCGAGACCCCCAUGUCGGUAACCUCAAACAAUUUGAUGGCUUCCACCGCCAUGGCAAACCCAGGAGUCCGCAUCGAUACAAAUAUGAGCCUCGACAAGUUCCAGUCAUUAUACACAAGCGAGGACAAUGAAAGCUUUUAUAAGCUCCUGGACAAGCAGAAUCAAAAACGGGCGGAAAAAUAUGCAUGGAUGUGGUCAACCAACAAUAAAUUACCCUCAAAAAUGAUGCUGAAACAAAAAGAAGUUGAGCUGAAACUCUUAGAAUCGCGAGCAUCUAUCCACGACGAUGGCGGCGAAAGAAAAAAGCUCGCGAUUCGAGAUGUAGAAGAAAAACCGGCAAAACCAGACUCAUGGAAAUAUCAACCUAGGAACGGCUUUAUGUUCAUGCCAGACAGCGUGGAAGAUUCCAUUCAGACAAUAGCUCAAAAAGCCCAAGAGGAUUCAACCGCAGUUCCAAAAGGAGUUGCAUACGCAAACACCCGAAUGCCAGAAAGCAACAUUGCAACAGAAGCACUGAAUGUUCCUCCCUCACCUUCGCUAUCUGCAGUCAGGGAUGCAAUCGCUGGGCGGCGGCGAGCUAGUGACUUGGAGUCAGGCUUUGAUGGGAGCGAAACCCCACGUGUUAAUGGGUAUGCUUUUGUAGAUGAUGAACCAGAAGCUGACGAAUGUCCACCUGCGCCAGUAAUUAAUCUAGGGAAAGGCGAAUCCGUCAAAAAUCCAUUUGUCAUCAAAAAGCAAAGCAGAAGGGAAGAUCUACACCAUAGAAUGGUCGACAAGAAUGCCCAAACAAAGCGAGCGUCUAUCAAAAGUGGUAUGACGGGUAGAGCGGACUUAACUCCAGUUCCCAAGUUUCCUAGUAGCCCCAGAGUUGGGACAGGCUCACUUACUCCUGCUGCACAAAGACUGUGGAGUAAAGUUGGAAAUGGUAAAAUAGGUACGCCUGGUGGAUUUGGAGUCCAAACCCCGCGUACCGUCAGGCCAAAAUCAGGGUUGAAGAAGCCAUUGACGCCUUCAGGGAAAUGA